CACUCAGCUGGCGCACCUCUGUCAGGCACAGGAUGCAUGCACCGGGCACCAGAGCAAAGAUGUCCAGCAUCUUUGCCUAUCAGAGCUCUGAGGUGGAUUGGUGUGAGAGUAAUUUCCAGCACUCGGAAUUGGUGGCCGAGUUCUACAAUACGGUCAGCAAUGUGUUCUUCCUCAUCUUUGGACCCCUCAUGAUGUUCCUCAUGCAUCCUUAUGCCCAGAAGCGUUCCUGGGGUUUCUAUGGAGUGUCAGUCCUCUUCAUGGUCACCGGUUUGUUCUCCAUGUAUUUCCACAUGACACUCAGCUUUGUGGGGCAGCUGCUGGAUGAGAUCUCCAUCCUGUGGUUGUUGGCCAGUGGAUACAGUAUGUGGAUGCCCCGCUGCUACUUCCCCAAGUUCAUCAAGAGGAAUAGGUUCUACUUCAGCUGCCUGGUAAUUAUGACCACUAUUAUCAGCACCUUCCUGACGUUUGUGAAGCCCACAGUCAACGCAUAUGUCCUCAACAGCAUCGCCAUACACAUCCUCUACAUUGUGCAUAAAGAGUACAAGAAGACUAGCAAUGGGGAUCUUCGGCAUCUGAUUGUGAUUUCUGUGAUCUUAUGGGCUGCUGCACUGACCAGCUGGAUCAGUGACCGUGUACUUUGCAGUUUCUGGCAGCGGAUUCACUUCUUCUACCUGCAUAGCAUUUGGCAUGUCCUCAUAAGUAUCACUUUUCCUUAUGGUAUUGUGACCAUGGCCCUGGUGGAUGCCAAGUAUGAGAUGCCAGAUGAAACCCUCAAAGUCCACUACUGGCCUCGGGACAGCUGGCUCAUUGGGCUACCCUAUGUGGAGAUCCAGGAGAAUGACAAGAACUGCUGAGCUCUGAUGUAGUCUCUACUCUCCGACCAGCCAACCAGUCUCCUGUGUACUGAGGAUACAGGACAGGACAAGGCUUUCAGCGGACACACUUGCAGGCCGCUCCUUCACCCCCCGCCUAUGCUCCUUGCCCUGCUCUGUUGGCACAGGAUAGACUUACUUGUGGCACGGGGGUACUAGUUUGGUGAUUGAGGGGCAGGGGUUGCCUGGUGUGUGGAAUGACUGGCCUGUGUCCUGCUUCUGUCUAUGAGAGCACAGCUUCUCCAUGGCCACUGAUGUGGUAGGUGGGUGGGUGGGUGGGUGGGUAGGUGGGUGGGUGGCUGAUACAGCACCUGCUUGGAGCAGGAUGCUUGGUCUCUGGCAGCUUGCACAUCAGGGACUAUUUAUGAGUGUUAUAGAUUCAACUGGGUCAUGACUGUAUUCUAGGAAAGUGGGGAGUAGCCAAAGAACAUUCUAGACCCCACCACAUACAGAUAGGCAUGUGUAUAGAGACCUCUUUGAAUCACCACAUGCACUCAGGGAAAAGUGUUGAACAUGAGAGCCAUGAGUGAGGAAAAUAAGAGGGCUAAGCUGGGUGACAUCAUGGGACACUUAGAGGGGAGAGUAGUGGGAAAGGGGUUUCCAUGAUGGCUAAGGACACAGAGUUAGACGUGCCAAAGCUUGACUUUCUGCUCCACAGUAUUCAACUUACAUAGUCCUGAGGGGUAUGACGUUUCAAAUGCCAUUUGUAAAUAAAAUUUCAUUCCCUCCUGGGAUUUCUGUUGAUUAAAAUUAGCUCACGUGUGUGAA